CUGUUGAUCUAUACAUUCAUCUUUAUAUAUAUUCAAUCAAUCUAUGCCCAUUUUUAAUGCACAACAUCUUUUCUUAAUAAAACAUUGCACCUAAAAGGCUAAAACACAUUGUAACAUUUUAUUUCUUUUAAGGGUUUUCAAGAUUUCAUCUUACAAUUAAGUGUGGUUCUCAAAACCUUAUAAAGGGUGUUUGAUGGUUCUGAUCAUUUGAUCAUAAGCACAUGGAUAUAGAGACGACAAGAGACGAAAAUGACCAGAUGGUCGUAAAAAGACUACCACCUUGGACAACAAACAUAACGUGUCGUGGACUCGUGGCUAGUUUAGUGAUCGGGGUGGUUUAUAGUGUGAUAGUAACGAAGCUUAAUCUCACGACUGGUCUUGUACCGAAUCUAAACGUUUCUGCAGCUCUUUUAGCGUUCGUGUUCAUUAAAACAUGGACGAAACUGGUUCAUAAAGCUGGUUUUGUAACGACACCAUUUACAAAACAAGAGAAUACAAUCAUUCAAACAUGUGCUGUUGCUUGUUACAGCAUUGCUGUUGGAGGUGGAUUCGGGUCAUAUUUAUUGGGAUUAAACAAGAGGACAUAUGAAGAAGCAGGUGUUGAUGUAGAAGGGAAUUCACCAGGAAGUUAUAAAGAACCUGGAGUUGGUUGGAUGACUGGUUUUCUAUUUGUUACUAGUUUUGUUGGGCUAUUGGCUUUAGUCCCUUUAAGAAAGAUUAUGAUCAUAGACUACAAGUUAACUUAUCCAAGUGGAACAGCUACAGCAGUUUUGAUCAAUGGGUUUCAUACUCCAAAGGGAGACAAAAUGGCCAAAAAGCAAGUUAUUGGGUUCACAAAGUUCUUCUCAGCGAGUUUCAUGUGGGCUUGUUUUCAAUGGUUCUUUUCUGGUUCGGGCACAUGUGGAUUCACCUUUUUUCCUACAUUCGGAUUGAAAGCUUUCAAGAACUCGUUUUAUUUUGAUUUUAGUAUGACAUACAUAGGAGCAGGAAUGAUAUGUUCACAUCUUGUGAACUUGUCAUUACUUGCAGGAGCUGUGCUAUCGUAUGGCGUUAUGUGGCCCCUCAUUGAAGAUCGAAAAGGUGCUUGGUUUCCUUCCAGCUUACCAGAAAGUAGCAUGAAGAGUUUAAACGGUUACAAGGUCUUCAUAUCGAUUGCUCUUAUUCUAGGAGACGGAUUGUACAAUUUUCUCAAGAUCACAGUUUUUACUGCACGAACGAUAUAUCUGACAUCUAGGGAGAAACCUAGAACUAAUCCAGAGGAUCAUACUCAACCCCGAGAUGAUUCUGAGCUGAAUGAGGUCUUUUUAAGAGAGAGCAUACCCUUCUGGCUAGCAGCUACUGGUUACCUGAUUUUCUCUGUGGUUUCCAUUACAGUCAUCCCACUCAUGUUCCCAGAGCUCAAAUGGUAUUACGUCCUUGUCGCAUACAUCAUUGCACCAUCUCUUGGCUUCUGUAAUGCAUAUGGUGCUGGUCUAACCGACAUGAACAUGGCAUAUAAUUAUGGAAAGGUUGCACUCUUUGUGCUAUCUGCUAUGUCCGGUAAAGAUGAUGGUGUCAUUGCUGGUCUAGUAGGAUGUGGUCUGAUAAAGUCCAUAGUCUCGAUUUCAUCUGAUUUGAUGCACGAUUUCAAGACGGGUCAUUUGACUUUGACUUCACCACGGUCAAUGCUUGUUAGCCAAGCUAUUGGGACUGCCAUUGGAUGUGUCGUAGCACCUCUGACCUUCUUUUUAUUUUACAAAGCAUUUGACAUUGGAAAUCCAGAUGGAGAGUAUAAAGCUCCUUAUGCAAUUGUUUACAGGAACAUGGCGAUUUUAGGGGUUCAAGGUUUCUCUGCAUUGCCUAAUCAUUGCUUACAACUAUGUUACCUUUUCUUCAGUUUUGCCAUGGCAGCUAAUUUGGUAAGAGAUAUAUUUCCAGAGAAAAUAGGCAGAUACCUUCCGUUACCAAUGGCUAUGGCUGUACCUUUUCUUGUCGGUGCUUAUUUUGCUAUCGACAUGUGCAUGGGAAGUUUGAUUGUCUUCGUGUGGCACAAGCUCAAUAAGCAAAAAGCUAAACUGAUGGUUCCAGCUGUUGCUUCAGGUUUGAUCUGUGGAGACGGAUUAUGGAUUCUUCCAUCAUCGAUUUUUGCAUUAGCUGGUAUCAAUCCUCCAAUCUGCAUGAAAUUUGUUCCCACAAAGAGCGCAUAAUGUCAGAAUUUAUGUUGAAGAAUAUAAACAAUGUUUAGCAGUUUUGUUAUAAUAUAUAGACUGUAGGAUGUGUAGAGUAUCAAAGUGGUACUUGUAGCAUUAGCUUGUGUUUGCAAUGAAGAUCCUUGGUGUGAUAUUAAAACAGCAAAAACGGAACUACAUAAAGCCUUUUGAUGGUAUAAAUGAAAAAUGAAAGUUAUUCUA